AUGCUUUUUGGACGUCAAAAUAUUUCAUUUCGGGGUCACAGGGACGAUUCUGCUCAUUACGAUGACAAUUCACAUAAUCCUGGUAAUUUGCAAGAAUUGUUGAAAUUUCUUGUCCGCUGUGGUAACAAUGAAGCAUUUAACGAGCAAAUGACGAAUGCCCCCAAAAACAUGACAUACAGAUCUAAAACUACUCAAAACGAGCUAAUCAACAUCUGUGGCGAGUUUAUCAUUUCUAAGCUUCGGUCAGAGAUUCAUGAAGCUAGGUUCUUUUCGGUUCUUGCUGAUGAGGCAGCAGAUAUUAGUAAUAUUGAACAGAUGCCCCUCGUCAUCCGGUUUGUUGACAAUCAGGCAAAAAUUCGCGAAGAGUUUAUGGGCUUUAUUCCCUGUUCUGAAGGCAUGAAAGGCAAAGAUAUAGCCAAUACAAUUCUUCAGGCUGUUGAAGGUUUUGGUUUAGACAUGAACCUUUGUCGUGGCCAGGGGUAUGACGGUGCUGGCAACAUGGCAGGCAAAUGCUCUGGAGCUGCUGCUAGGAUAUGCCAGUCACAUCCUAAUGCUCCUUACACUCAUUCUGGAUCGCAUGUGCUAAAUCUUUGCGUAGCCUCCGCUUGUAAGAUUCAGGUUGUCAGAAACAUGAUGGGGCAUGUGCAUGUUGUCACAGAAUUUUUCAAUUCAAGCACUACACGAUUUGAAAUCCUGAAGAAAGUCAUCAGAGAGGUGCUUCCUGCUUCGCGUCGCAGCCACCUCAUCGAUGUUUGCCGGACAAGGUGGGGCGAGAGAAUUGAUGGGCUAGAUGUAUUUCUGGAGCUCUAUGAUGCCGUUGUAAGGUCUCUCGAAACUAUCAUGCUAAAUUUAGACAAAUCGUGGAAUUCUGAUUCGGUCCGUGACGCGAGUGGUUUGUUCUAUUCAACAACAUCUUUUCAGUUCAUAUUGGUACUUGUCGUUGUUUCACGCUGUCUUGAAAUUACCAGGCCUCUCACUAAACAAUUUCAAAAGGUCUCGUUUGAUGUUGUUGCUGCAAAAGAGAAGAUUUCGUUGACGUGUACUUCUCUACAUCGCUUACGAUCUGAAAUUGAUGAUAUUUAUCUAGGCUGGUAUGACGAGGCAGCAUCUAUUGCUGAAACAAACUACAUUUUUCCUGCGAUGCCUCGCACUGUUCUAACGCAAGUUAACCGGUCUAAUGCUCCUUCUGAAUCAGUCUCUCAAUAUUAUAAACGAAAUGUUGCAAUCCCUUUCUUGGAUCACUUGUCAGGCCAAAUGCAAGCUCGUUUCUCUGAUAGAAACAUGUCGGUUUUAGACGGAUUUUACGGUAUGCCGAAUAUGAUUGCAGCUUCUCCUGAGUGGGAAAACAGAUUCGGCUCUUUUCUCGAUCUUUAUAUCAGUGAUCUUCCUGAGCCAAGAUAUAUCAAGACCGAACUGAUGAUGUGGAAAGACCAUUGA